AUGGAACAGGUAUCAUCUUCCCCCGAAAAGGAUAUGCAUUAUGAACAAGCACAACUCUGGCAAUUUCAUCGCUGCAAUUAUAAGGAAAAGGAUAUGUCUUAUGUAAUCAUUUCAAGUAUCAAGACUAAUGCAUUUAGCGGUUCGCUAAAUACUGAAAAAUUUGCGAUGGAGGGCAAAAGCAUUUCGAAAAAACUGACUGAAGAAAAUAAUGAGCUCAAGCACUACAUCGAUUCCCUAAAUAAGGAAUGCAUGGAGUUGCAAGCUGCACUUUUUGAAGAGGCAAAUAAAAUGGCGCAAAAUGCUUACGCUGCUGAACACGCUGCCGUUAAGCGUGCUAAAGAAGUAGAGAAGGAAAAUUCGAUCCUCAAAAAAGAAGUACAAGCCCUCAAAAAUACUCUUCGGCUGCAUGAAGAAAAAUCAGGCGUGUUCGCUGUACAGAGGUCAAUGUCAGGCAUGGUCCCGACAGCUAGCACACCGGAGGCGGAGGAGAAGGGCAAGGGCAAUCGUCUGCGACGUCUUAGCUAUCUCCUCAGCCCCGCCCCCACCCCACCUCACUCCUCCAACCCUCUUGCCUCGCAGGUGGAUCGACGUCGGUGGAGCUCUACCUUGAACACUUCCAUCAUUAAUGUAACCUCGCAGGAGCCCGUCACUCGCAAGUACCUCCUUGAGGCCCUCACUUCCAGUGCUACUUGUGCUGAAACAGAAUUUGUCGACUGGGUGGACUGUGGGUGCUGUCUAAGCUGGCCAGAGGACAACGGUGACGGUAAACCAAAUCAACAGCCCACGGUGAGCAUCACCUUGGCUGAGAGCAGUUCCAGUGGUGGAGCCCCUCGAUCUCGCAACAAUUCCGACGUUGGGGAUAUCAGAUUGCCCUAUCCUACUCCACAUCCGUCACCACCACCCCCAUUGAAGGAGCACGCCUUCUUCCAUCGCCUGGUACGCGAGGAUAUCGCACCGGCGUUGGACUUUGCCGACGCCCGCCUUUGCGCCACUCUGCCUCUAGCUCUCAGUCAUCUCGGGGUAGAGAUGGAACCCCUUUCUUCCCUUUUUGCCUCCACUCCGACCACCGAUAUAGAGGUUACCGAUACCUUCACCUGCCCUCUUGUGCCCGGCGAACCAGUCAAAUUCAGUCUUAAGCUGGAGGUGUUGAACGAUGACGGUUCAACUUCGGUGGAGCGUUGCAAUAUCUCAUCAUGGGCUCGUCAACGCAUCGCUGCAGUGGCUGAUCUCUUCCAGUACCUCAGCCUUAUUCGUCGGGGUCUGACGGGCACUCCCACCACCCCCGUCACCCGCUCUCUCUCCAACUCCCUGCCUUCUGAUAACCGCGCUUCUCGCUCCCUCAACGUAGACUCGGGCAUUCUCACUGAGCCUAUGCGUCGUCAUCAGUUUGAGAACGUGCAGCGUCGUCGGUUGGCAAUCGCCCUUUCGCGUCUCGGCUAUGGACUGCCUGGGAUGGAGUAA